AUGGCUCGUUGCGUGCGUGGCCCGGUGGGUAGUAGCAGCAGUUACUGUACCUAUCUGCUUCAACACCUUGCAGUGAUACUUUCCUUGUCGACUGUCAUCACUGCUCCUCAAAAUUCCCUCUUACACUUUUCUUCUAGGGGUCUUGCCUGGUUGUCUUCGUUAUCAUCCUCAGAAUUCUUCGUAGUUAUUUCUCACCAUGGUGUUUCGGUUGAUGAACCAUCCAACUUUGAGGCCAUGGACCCCUCGCCUGACCUUCGCCCCAAGCAGCUUUUGGCAGUCUGUGUACCCUCAGUUUUGGUCACGGCACUGAAUGCAUUGACCUUGGGUGCCAUGGUUCCUGAGCUGGGCGGCGGGUUCGCACAGUCAAUUGGCUGGAGAUGGAUUUUCUGGGUUAAUGUGCCACUGUGCAUACUCGGUUUCGCAGCUGUUGUUGUAUUCCUGAAGCUAGACCAUGUCCUGGGCGCAUUCGUUACUGAGACGGCCAGAUUUGACCAGCUCGGCGCUGCCAUCCUCAUCGCUUCUAUCACUAGCCUCCCGGUGGCUAUGUCGUGGUGUAAUAUUAUGUUCGCGUGGCCAUUAUGGCAGACGAUCUUACUAUUCGUAAUGGGGCUGUCUGGUCUGGUUGCCUUUGUUCUUUACGAGGCCAAGUCACCCAACGAAUCUAGGGUUCAGUCUCCAUGUUCAGUCAGCGGAUGGGGCUGGUCCGUUACUUGGGCACCUUCAUCCAAGGCAUCAUACUCUGAUGUCUCCUCUGCUACACACUCCUCUAUUGCCAGUACGUUAAAGGCUAUAGUGCCAACGUGUGGCGUGACGAUUUCCCCCGAUAACUUUGCCAUUUCUCUGGCCUGA